UGUGUGUGAGGGACUCUGAAGGUGAGGGAAGAAUAUGAAUUGUUUACAUUAAUUUUCUUGAUAUUUAUCACAUAAACCUACGUUCAUAUUCAAUUAAAUUACGACAAUUUUAAAAUGCCCAGAAAACGACAAACCAGAAAUAAAGCUGUUGAGUGGUUAAGCGAAGAAAUACCUCACCCUCAAAGACUUUCAAAUUUAUUCUGUUAUUACGAGAAAUUUGAAUUUGGUGAAAUAGUAGCUGGAAUUGGCGAUUUUGUGUUAAUUUCUAAUGCUGACGCCCCUGAGCCUGAUACGGAAGAAGGCUGCGAUGCAGCUCGCAUUGUUUCCCUGUACGAAGACGGGUCCAACAAUAAUGACCCAUUCAGAGCCAAAGUGCAGUGGUAUUCUAAGCCCGUGGACCUACCGACAUCAUGCUUCCAUAAUACGGACCCUAUUAGUUUUAUUGAUAGAGAGGUAAUUGAAGACCAUAGGUCAUUUGAGACAGAUGUGUCAAUAGAGACUUUCUUCAAGAAGUGCUCCAUAGAAUUCAGGUUCACAAAAGAUAUUCCUGAGAAUCAAAAUCUUCCCCCAUACCACUAUAUAUGUCGCUACAGACUUAUUGCUUUAACUAAACGGAAAGUACAAUUUGAACCUGUCAUGGAACAAGAGAGAGAAGCUCUGCGGUUACUCUCCACGCCCAGCAAGCUGGCAUCUACUUCAAAGUCAGCCACACCUAAAACACCAACUAGUCUAGUCAAAAGAAUGAGUCGAGUUUCUUUAUCUGAACAGAAAAACUGGAGUAUAUCCAAAGCGAAUGGUACCAAAUUAUUGCUAAAACGGGCUAUAUUAGCAGACAAAAUUGAAAAGGAUUCACCAAAAAAGGCUACACCAAAAUUAACACUAAAAUCAGUAGCUGAGACACCUAAAAGUUCAAGAAAACUGACAAAGGGUAACAUUGAAGAUAUAUUGUCUAUGGAAUUAAAAGAAAAUUCUGAUGAAGAGCUGCCAACUUUAAUAAUCAGACAGCAUGAACCUACCACACCAAAGAGGAAACAAUCUUUAUCUAAAACUACAGACGAAACACCUAAAAAGGUGUUAAUAUUUGAUGAAGAAAAAAAUAUCCAAACCCCCACUACUCGCUCGGGCAGAGUGACAAAAGCUCCUAUAAGUUAUACUGAAGAAGAUGAAUCUCCUGUAAAAAGAACACCAAGGAAGGCAGUUCGUAAAAUGAGUGUUGAUGAUGAUGAUGACUUCAAACCUAUGCCGAAGACCCCUAAAACGCCAAGAACUCCUAGGACUCCAAGGUUAUCAAAGGCUACUCCUGUCAGAACGCCGAGACGGACCAAGAUUACAACUAGCCAGUUAACACCAACUUUGCACACAAGAGCCCAUUCAGUAGACAAUAUUGAUGAUUUCACAAAUGAUAACAAAUCUUUACCUGGCAGAGAGUCGCAAAUGGAUGAAAUUCUGUCAUUUGUUAGGACAAAACUAUUAGAUGCCACCAGUGGAUGCAUGUACAUAUCCGGUGUACCUGGAACUGGAAAAACUGCUACUGUGUGCUCUGCUUUGAAAAUCCUGAAGGAUGAAGCGGACCUCCCGGACUUUCAGCUGGUGGAGGUGAACGGCAUGAGGAUAGCUGAGCCCAGGCAGGCUUAUGUGCAGAUUUAUAAGCAACUCACUGGUAAGUCCGUUGUUUGGGAGCAGGCAUGUUCCUUAUUGGAAAAACGAUUUACAAAUCCAGGCCCGAGGAGGACACCCACGGUUUUAUUAGUGGAUGAGCUGGACGCCCUGUGCACCCGUCGCCAAGACGUCCUGUACAGCAUCAUGGAGUGGGCCGCACACAACUCCGCACUCCUCACAGUGCUCGCCGUCGCCAACACCAUGGACCUCCCGGAGAGGGCGCUGGCGGCGAGGGUGGCCUCACGUCUAGGGCUGACGAGGCUGACAUUCCCUCCGUACACUCACACGCAGCUGCAGAAGAUAGUGGCCACCAGGUUGGCUGGGGCUAACGUGACGCCUGACGCUGUGCAGUUGAUCGCCAGGAAAGUGGCAGCCGUAUCAGGGGACGCUCGUCGGGCGCUCGCGCUGUGUGCGCGGGCGCUCGAGCUGGCCGGCUCCAACGAAGCGGGGCUGAAGGAAGUGCAGCAAGCGUUGGGCGAAGCUGCUUCCAGUGCCGCCGUCAGGGCGAUACGGAACUGCUGUCCGGCUGAGAGGCUGAUGCUUAGAGCUGUGGCGGCUGAGGUGGAAAGAACUGGGUCAGACGAAACAACGCUAUCCCGGGCUCUAGCCACAGCUGCGGCGAUAGUGUCUCUGGAUGGACGCCCAUACAAGUCGGCUCCUAAUAUUCGCGCCCCCACUCCUGCGCAAGCGCAAGCUAUUUGUUCGAGACUGGCCGCCAUUAGACUACUUUUGCUUGAACCAAAGCCUUCUGAACCAAGAUUAUUGUUGAAUGUUAGUGCUGAUGAUGUACACUACGCAACUAGACAGAUUACUGUGUAAUUAGUGUCUUCAGUACAUUUUUAAUUAUUUCUUUUAUUUUGAUGUUAAUUUUUGUUGAGACAAUCUUGUUAUAGUAAAACGGGAUGAUUUUUUUUCAUAUUUCAUGUUCAAGUCUCACAUAAUCUUAGUGUAUGAGUAAAAUUAUUCUGACUAUAAGCUGUGACAAUAAAUGAAUUUAAUAAACAAUUUCACUUUUGUUGCAAUAAAACAUGGUAAGUAGGUAAACACAAUGCAAUUAUUACAUUCUC